CCAAUCACAGCGCGACCAUGGGUACUUGAUCGACCCGGAAUCUCCCUCUCUUUCUUUCUCUCACCCUGAGACGAUCCCGACAAGCAAUGGCUUUGGCGGAGAGGAAUAUCCUUCUCCUUAAUUUCUUAACUUUGGCUUCAUUGUCAACAAUUCUAUGUGCCGGUAAAGCAUUUUCCAUUCGCAUUCCGGAUCGGAUCUCGGGCACACCUAGGGACCUUUCAGACCAGUCCCUGAAGACGGCGGUCUUCGCUCUCGGUAGCUUCUGGAGAUCGGAGGCCGUCUUCGGAUGCUUGAACGGUGUCGUUCGAACUACUGCUGGUUACGCUGGCGGGUCCAAGAUCAACCCCGAAUACAGAAGUUUGGGCGACCAUGCGGAGUCCGUCUUGGUUGAAUAUGAUCCCAAUGAGAUUAAUUUCAGGCAACUUUUGGAGAUUUUUUGGUCUAGGCAUGACCCAAGGCAGGUAUUUGGCCAAGGUCCAGAUGUAGGUAAUCAAUACAGGUCUAUUAUUUUUACGAAUGGGACUGAAGAGGCUAGAUUAGCUGCCAUGAGCAAAGAAAGGGAGCAAACCAAGUCACGGAACAGCAUUGUGACGACUCAAGUUCAACAACUUGGAUCAUUUUAUCCUGCGGAACCUGAACAUCAGAAAUUUGAGCUCAAACGCCAUCCGUUGCUGCUACAGCUGAUAGGAAAUCUGCCUGAAGAUGAGCUUGAGAGGUCAAAUCUGGCAACAAAACUGAAUGGAUAUGCUGCAGAGCUUUGCCCCCCAAGGAUGCAAAAGCAGAUUGAUGCAAAGAUAAAUGAAAUUAUCAGAAAAGGUUGGCCUGUUUUGACAGAUGUAUAGCUGGCCAUCGGAGUAAAGCUUCAGACAAAUGAAAACUCUUGCAUUUUCCCAGCUGAGCGACUUGAUUUUGUGGGUUUUUAACCUUUUAGCUGAGCUUAGGCUGAUUGUUUGGACGGAAAUUGAAUCAAAUGUAGUAUUCUUUUGCAGAUUGAAAAUUUCUCCAGGCAUAAAAGCACAGUAUGUUUUCCAAUAGAUCAAUGAAUCAAUCAGUUUGGGAAA